UUUAUUCAGUAAACUCAAAAGUCACUAACAUGGCUUCUUUAAACUUCUUAGUGUUGCUCAUUUUUGCUCUUUUUAGCAUUCCUCAUGGUCUUGCCAACUACUAUAAACCUCCCGAGUAUAAUCCACCGGUUUACAAACCUCCAUAUGAACAUCCACCAAUUUAUAAACCACCUUUUGAAGAGCCUCCGUUCGAACACCCACCAAUUUACAAACCACCAUUUGAGGAGCCUCCUAUUUACAAGCCACCAGUUGAAAAUCCUCCAGUUUACAAACCACCGGUAGAGAAACCACCCGUCUACAAGCCACCAGUCGAAAAGCCUCCUACUUACAAGCCACCGGUAGAAAAACCACCAGUGUACAAGCCACCAGUUGAAAAACCUCCAGUUUACAAACCACCAAUCGAGAAACCACCUGUGUACAAGCCCCCAGUUGAGAAUCCCCCGGUUUACAAGCCUCCAGUUGAAAAGCCCCCUAUUUAUAAACCACCGAUUGAGAAUCCCCCUGUUUAUAAGCCUCCAUUCGAGCACCCACCAAUUUACAAACCUCCAUAUGAACAUCCACCAAUUUAUAAACCACCUUUUGAGAAGCCUCCGUUCGAACACCCACCAAUUUACAAACCUCCAUAUGAACACCCACCAAUUUACAAACCACCAUUUCAGGAGCCUCCUACUUACAAGCCGCCUGUGGAAAGACCACCAGUGUACAAACCACCAGUUGAAAAUCCUCCAGUUUACAAACCACCGGUAGAGAAACCACCCGUCUAUAAGCCACCAGUCGAAAAGCCUCCUACUUACAAGCCACCUGUAGAAAAACCACCAGUCUACAAGCCACCAGUUGAAAAACCUCCAGUUUACAAACCACCAAUCGAGAAACCACCUGUGUACAAGCCCCCAGUUGAGAAUCCCCCGAUUUACAAGCCUCCAGUGUACAAGCCUCCAGUUGAAAAGCCCCCUAUUUAUAAACCACCGAUUGAGAAUCCCCCUGUUUAUAAGCCUCCAUUCGAACACCCACCAAUUUACAAACCUCCAUAUGAACACCCACCAAUUUACAAACCUCCAUAUGAACACCCACCAAUUUAUAAACCACCAUUUCAGGAGCCUCCGUUCGAACACCCACCAAUUUACAAACCUCCAUAUGAACACCCACCAAUUUACAAACCACCAUUUCAGGAGCCUCCUACUUACAAGCCACCUGUGGAAAAACCACCAGUGUAUAAACCACCAGUUGAAAAUCCUCCAGUUUACAAACCACCGGUAGAGAAACCACCCGUCUACAAGCCACCAGUCGAAAAGCCUCCUACUUACAAGCCACCUGUAGAAAAACCACCAGUGUACAAGCCACCAGUUGAAAAACCUCCAGUUUAUAAACCACCAAUCGAAAAACCACCUGUGUACAAGCCCCCAGUUGAGAAUCCCCCGAUUUACAAGCCUCCGGUGUACAAGCCUCCAGUUGAAAAGCCCCCUAUUUAUAAACCACCGAUUGAGAAUCCCCCUGUUUAUAAGCCUCCAUUCGAACACCCACCAAUUUACAAACCUCCAUAUGAACACCCACCAAUUUAUAAACCACCAUUUCAGGAGCCUCCGUUCGAACACCCACCAAUUUACAAACCUCCAUAUGAACACCCACCAAUUUACAAACCACCAUUUCAGGAGCCUCCUACUUACAAGCCACCUGUGGAAAAACCACCAGUGUAUAAACCACCAGUUGAAAAUCCUCCAGUUUACAAACCACCGGUAGAGAAACCACCCGUCUACAAGCCACCAGUCGAAAAGCCUCCUACUUACAAGCCACCUGUAGAAAAACCACCAGUGUACAAGCCACCCGUUGAAAAACCUCCAGUUUAUAAACCACCAAUCGAAAAACCACCAGUGUACAAGCCCCCGGUUGAGAAUCCCCCGAUUUACAAGCCUCCAGUUGAAAAACCUCCUAUUUAUAAACCACCGACUGAGAAUCCCCCUUUUUAUAAGCCUCCAUUCGAACACCCACCAAUUUACAAACCUCCAUAUGAACACCCACCAAUUUAUAAACCACCUUUUGAGGAGCCUCCAUUCGAACACCCACCAAUUUACAAGCCUCCUUAUGAAAAGCCACCAAUUUACAAGCCACCAUUUGAAGAGCCACCUGUUUAUAAGCCUCCAUUUGAGGAGCCACCCGUUUAUAAGCCUCCAUUCGAGAAGCCGCCUCACUACCCAAAAUAUCCUCCUGCAGAUGAUGCUACUCGUUUUUAGUACAUGUUGUUAUAAGUAAAUAUGUAAAAUAAGUGAUCUGUAAAGUUUUCCAAGCAAGGCUACAUUUAUUCUUGAAACCUUCAUUUCAAUCCUUUGUUUGCAAUGCUAUUGCCUAGUGGAUGUGCACGAGUGUGUGAUAGAGAAAGAAAUUAAUGGUGCAGUUGUAUUUCAAGUUAUGAAUAAGAACAUUAUGAGACGUUAUGUGAGUUGACUAA